AAGUUGCUCAUUUUCAGGUUUUUUUUUACAAUAUGCAAAAGGACUGAAUGCAACAGAUCCGGAUUUAACUGGAAGGAGGAGAGAUGGAAAUGAGCUGUGGAUUCUGUUUAUCAUGAGGAAGCAUGGAGAAGACAUCUGUUUCCGUCUCUGCACACUGAUUCCUGUUUGGUAGCUGGCUUAUCUCACAAAACAGCAAUAUUGCAUGCUUGAAAUCCUGCUUUUGAGAAAAAAGAAAAUAAAAAAAAACAACUUCAGCGGGCUCUGAAAAUGCUCCUUCUUGUGAACUUUCGAUGGAAGCUUGACGUCUUUCAGGAUUUCACUUUGAGCUUGAGAGCAAUUAGUAUUUCUUUUCAAACUUAGGAGUCAUUUUGCAUGCAGACGCCUUCUCUCAACUUAUGUUUUGCAUCCCUAAAUCUCUCAGCAAUCUCAGCCUCCCCAUAAUCACAGAAUUAGAGCUUCUAAGUGCAUUUUCUUUUUCUGUUUUCUUCUCUUGUUUUUUGCCUGAGAGCAAACUGGACUUAGAGCAAGUGCAUUGCAGCUGACGGUCUCUCCUCAUCCACAAGUAGCACUCCUCACUAUUUUUUGUCACCUUCCUUCACUGCAGUACCUUCCAUUCUGACACAAUGUUUGAGGAGCUUUGGAAUUCCACAGAUCAGGUUGGCCUCAAUGGAUCAGAAGCAAACUUAUCUCAGAGACGUUCGUAUGGCAUAGAAGAGGACGGGAACCAGCAUCCUUUUCUCACUGACGCCUGGCUGGUACCGCUCUUCUUCUCUCUCAUCAUGCUGGUCGGACUGGUGGGCAACUCUCUCGUUAUCUAUGUUAUUUCCAAACACAGACAGAUGCGAACAGCCACCAACUUCUACAUAGCAAACCUGGCUGCCACCGAUAUAAUCUUUUUGGUGUGCUGUGUCCCCUUCACUGCCACUCUCUAUCCCCUCCCUGGAUGGAUCUUUGGCAACUUCAUGUGCAAAUUUGUUGCAUUUCUGCAGCAGGUGACAGUACAAGCCACAUGUAUCACCCUGACUGCCAUGAGUGGAGACCGCUGUUACAUCACUGUUUACCCUCUCAAAUCUCUCCGUCACCGCACCCCAAAAGUGGCCAUGAUAGUCAGCAUUUGCAUAUGGAUUGGCUCCUUCAUCUUGUCCACGCCGAUUUUAAUGUACCAGCGGCUUGAGGAGGGCUACUGGUACGGUCCGAGGCAAUACUGCAUGGAGAGAUUUCCCUCCAAGACACAUGAGAGAGCAUUCAUCCUCUAUCAGUUUAUUGCCGCCUACAUGCUGCCGGUUCUCACAAUCUCUUUCUGCUAUUCGAUGAUGGUGAAGAGAGUAGGUCAACCCACUGUAGAGCCUGUUGACAACAAUUAUCAGGUCAACCUCCUGUCUGAGAGAACCAUCAGCAUCAGGAGCAAAGUCUCCAAGAUGGUGGUGGUGAUCGUCCUCCUCUUUGCCAUCUGUUGGGGUCCCAUCCAGAUCUUUGUGCUUUUCCAGUCUUUCUAUCCAAACUACCAACCCAACUACACAAUGUACAAGAUCAAGACCUGGGCCAACUGCAUGUCCUAUGCCAACUCCUCAGUCAACCCCAUUAUUUAUGGGUUUAUGGGAGCCAGUUUUCAGAAAUCUUUUAGGAAAACCUUUCCAUUCCUUUUCAAACACAAGAUCCGGGAUAGUAGCAUGGCGUCAAGGACUGCCAACGCUGAGAUCAAGUUUAUUGCUGCAGAGGAAGGCAACAAUAAUAAUGUUGUGAACUGAGAAUUUACAGAUACAUGAAGGAAAACCCUGGGCUCUGCGUUCAUUUCCACGUUGUAUUAAUUUUCAUAUUGAAGCAAAUCAAUAACAACAGUUAUUUGAAACUGCAGUCGAUCUAAAGUUUAUAAAAUAUAUCCGCAACUUAGAUUUAAAUGUAUUGCUUUUGCUGGAGCUGAGUUUAUGUCAGAAUCAGAAUCAGCUUCAUUGGCCAAGCUUGUGUACACAAACAAGGAAUUUUACCUUGGUUUCAAAUGCUUACAGCAUACAGAGAUUAAACAUAAACAUGUGAAUUUAAACGUGUCAUCAAAUGUGAUCAUGUUUCUAACUCACAAAUAAAUGAAAAUUCUGGUGUUUCUAUUUACAUUAAAUAGAAACAUUAAGCUUUUUCUGACUUAGCUUUCUUUUCUUUUAAAGACUAAAUUAGCUAGUAAAUAUUAAAGCUUAGAAAAGUCACAUAACGGACAUAUUAUUAUCAGUUGCUUGUAGUCCGAACCAGAAUAAAGGGAAUUCAAAAGGCUUUUCAUAGUCACUCAGAGCCAAUUUUCUCAGAAUUACUAAUUGUUCAAGUAUCAUUUUUAAAACUAUCUACAGUCUAUAAUAUGAUUUAUUGUUGGUGUAAUGUGUAGAUUUUUGCUUUAAAACUUUGUGAUUGCUUAUGUACGAUCAGAUUGUUUUCUAUGUAUGCAGCAGUCAGAAUUAUUUUAAAGUUGUUACAUUACUGAAACUUAACCAAAAUUCAAUGUCAAGUCUUUACUGAACUGAUAUUAAAAAUGUUUUUAUUGUUUUAAUAUUCUAAUGAACAGCUCAUACAUGCAACAAUUUAGGAGUGAAACUACAGUAACCACUGGAAAAAAAGGAAAUACAAUCUGAUCACAAUUGUUUGUCUUUCAAACUACCUGCAGUAAAUUCUGCAGAGUAAAAUCAACACUAUGCCGAGUCUAUUUGGUCCUACAUAAUUAUAACCCACAUAAUUUUACAGUGGAAGCAGAGGACAAAUACAAACAAAACUUGAGUUAAUCCUUUAAGAAGUAAAAGUAGUACCUUUUUGGCAGGUACUACUCAUAAAUUCACACAAAUGUGUAUUUCAAUAAAGGUUGCUACAUGUUUAAUAUUCAUGCUUAAUACUGGAGAACUGGCAAAUGUAAUUAAAGCACAGUCCGUCCUGAAUUGUACCCCCGAGGUGAAGUGGCUUUGUGUGUGGAGCUAAUGCAUCCUAAGCAAUCUGAAAAAAAUGCUUCAGCCAGCUGCUCAUGAGUCUUUUCUGUGGCAAGAUAUGAUGAAUGGAAACCUACCAACAGAAGGAAUAGAGGUGGAGCACAAGUUUUUUUUUUUUUUUAUCUCUGUGGCCAAAAGUCUCACCUUCAUGCCUUUUUAAAAACUUGUUUUCACAAAAGCAUUGUAGAAUCCUUCAUGCACGUUCACAGGCAACAGAGAUAAUUCAAAUCAGGUACUAAAAACACCUAAAAAGAACCCUUGUACCUUCUUGCCAAACA